AUGGAAGUUGGCGAGAAAGCAGGCAAUCUGGACCUGGGCAAUGCGACGACAAUAUUCAAUCUCACACUGUGGACAACGAAGCAGCUGAAAUCUGCAGCGAACUUGACCCAGUACGCUCCUUCUGCAAAGGACCUCCUCCUGGCUGGACCACGGAUGGGGAUGAGGUUGGGUUCGUUUGUCUUCAAACUACCUCAUACUAUCGAUGAUGCAUUCGGCGCUCGAUGGGCCCAAAGUGUCACCACAGAAGCCCUCGACAUCGGCAGGGUUGAAGUAACCUCGAAUACAGCAACAAUGGUGGGGGAGAUGGCAGGGUCGGCAAUAAUGGACAAUCCAGCAAACGUCGCUCCAAGCCUAACAUCCAAAAUAUCAUUGGAAAGUGGUCGAAGUUUUGGAAACAUGGUAGCAUAUGCGACAAGUCGCUGGAGUUUGGGAUGUUUCCUGAUGGCCAUCAUUGUGAACCGAACUCAGGUUUACGCUUCAACACGUCGACCUCUUGCGCUGGGGAUCCGCACAAGACUGGCUCUCAGGGCCCUUCCAAUUAUUAUCCUAGCGAUACAAGCUCGCUGGCUUCUCCAAUCUAUACAAUGCCAAACUUCGCCGGACUUUGGUAUGCUUCGGUGGGGCAAUGCAACAAAAACGUCUGAGCUCAUGUUUACACAAAAUGGAGGGCCGUUGCAUACCAUGAGCACCAUCCUGCUACUUGGGGCCUCCGAUGGGGAUUCAUGCCGUGCUGUGAGAAUGGUCCCCCCUAUAGAGGAGGACCAAGCCGAUCCACAAGUACUGAACAGCCCACCGAAGCUUUCGGGAUCACUGGCGAUGCUGUGGCCCCUGUUCCAAUCCUUAUGUGUUAGUCAGUUCGUGGAAACUCUCUCCUGUGCUGUCCAAGGUCGCCAUGUCGCAUCGGAAACUGGUAUGACUUUGUUUGAACACUCCCUGACGUUUGCAGAAGCCGAUGCAGCUAUCAGUUCGUCACUCGGAUGGGGCCCGUUUGGUGGAACACCAUCAAAAAAGAAUCUAGAUAGUCACACAAAGACGUUCUCGGAUACAUCGAAUAAUUCUGGGACAUCAAGCAGAUUUCCAGAAAUUGCAAUCAGUCGGUCGAUGAUCAUGCAGCGGAUCAAUACUCCAGCAGAAGUUCUUCUCAUCGGUUUCCUUUCAAGCAUGAGCCAUAUCACGAGUCAUAUUCUUGGCAUUUUCAACCUUCAGGGCCGAUUUAGGCUGUUGAGCACCGCAUUCUGGGGACUCUGCUUCAUGGCAAUGAUAACCCGUAGUAUUGUUGACUUCUCUGUCGAUGAUGCCUCUAAUCAGAGUCUGCUUAGAUUCCCCACCGUCUGCAUCAUUGGGUUUAUUCCGCAUCUGAUGAUACUCGCCGGAAUAUUACUCUGCGCGGCCAUAUAUGGCUUUGCCAUUCUCUUAGCUGCCUUAGCACCACCGCAUGGCGUUCAACCACAGAGAGGAUCAUUUUUACGAAAUCUAGCAGCAGCGCAUAAUAAUAUGCAAGCUAGCGUUCCUUUGGGGAAUAUCCGUGUUAGCCUGCAUAUGGACUUCUAUUCGGCUCUCCUUAAGAUUGGGUUUAGUGCUUUAACUAUGGCGAGCCAAGCCGUCUAUCUCAACGAGAGCCUCGAGGUCAAUAUUAAACAUCAGACAUGGCUUGAGGAUGAGAGACUACGAGAGAUUGAAGAGACAGGAGCACAUUGGCUGGGACCAAACUUUCGUCAGGGGAUGGGGGACGGCUCUGGCCUUGUUAUCAAUAAGGACCAUCUGUCAGCAAGGAGUGGGUAUGCAAGAGAGAGAGUUGCACAAGACCCUGGGAAAGCCAAACCAUCCGACAAAAUCGUACGGGAUGGGGUUGGUGCCACAGAAAGGAGCGGAAGAUGGAUUAUGGCCUUCGAAUUUCUGGCUGGAAUUGCUAAGCUUAUUGCUAGCUGGUUUGCCGUGGUUGCAAUUAAGGUGUUGGCCCGAUUGGGGGUCCGUGGUAGGCCACUGUGGCUACACUGGCUUGUCAAGAACAAGAGUGCAACCCAAACUGCUGCGACCAAAAGAGACGUCAAAGGUCCGGAACCCGAGACCUUGGAUUUUUGGCUAUUGAAUAAUGAGGGGGAGCUAAUGCUGCCCCCGGAUGACAAUGUCGACGUUGAACUUGAAAUGAGGCGCCACCUUCGAGGUGACAAUCCACGAUGGUCUCCUCAAGACGAGCAGCAACUCGAUUCAAACCUGUACGGCUGGUGGUUGAAAGGUGGUUGGUGGGGAGGGGAUGACAAUAGUGGACAGUUCGUUCCACGGAAUAGCGAGGUGGAGGAUGAUAUGACAAGUAUGAUCUCAACAUCUGAUAUAUCAACCGAUCAGGGUUGGGACUCAGAAAGUGACGAGGAUAGUGGGCAACGGACGCCAACUCAGAAAUAUUUGUUUAUAGAUCGAGAGUCAACCCCAGUUCCGGAUACACCCCUAUCAUCCGCUGAGCUGGCACGGCUACUAAAUCCACAGACUCCAGAUCAACGUGCCGAAGCUCAGACUUUAGCUGCACACUUAGGCAGCGACACUAUCAUGACUCGUUCACGAUAUCGAGACCUGCACCAGCGAGAGAAAGCAAAGGUUCUGAUGUCAACUCGGCUUCGCCCUUCGCACCUCCAUGACGUUGAAAGGCUCACUCCCGAAGAGGAAUCCCAGCUGCUCGAAUAUCUUAUCGUUUCACGUCGUCACUCCUCAGGAAGCGCCACUGUUGCCACAUCUGAGCCAUCGUCAUGGGCCGAAGGGGCAUCCGGGUUUUAG